UUGAAAUUUUCUGGUUGUUUUGUUUCGAUUGUCAUUAGUAAUUGUUUUUUCUUUAUUAUUUUGUGUUCAUCUUAAUUGCAUUUGAGUGAAGUCAUUUUCUUCUCUAUUCAUUGAGUCGACGAACACUAAUCUUGAUUUCUCUCUCAUUCAUUGGAUGAAGUAUAUUGAAGAAAUUAAGAAAUGAUGUUUUUGCCCAAUUCAGAAAGGCAAAUUAAUCUGUCCUCCAGUGAUUACAGGACACCAACUAGUAUUCUAAGUUCACUUGGAUUCAACGCAAAUUAUAAUCCUCUCAAUACCGAUCCUGUGACUAAUCCAACCAAUUUGAAUGGUGUUAAUAACAUGAUGGACAAUUAUAAUAGCUUUUGGUCACAUACUGUCCCUACUAACAUGCCUUGGGCUCAGCCACAAAUGCAGCCAAAUCCUACAAAUUUGAAUCCUUUUGUAGCUCAUCCUUACAUUAUGAGAUUUACUGCUGGACCAUCAAUUUACAACGAAAUUUGCUCUCCUGAUCCAUGUACUUCUCAAACUGCUACUGAAUGGGAACUUUUGAAUAAACUUUCUUCAGGAACUGGAACCUGUACGUCCAACCUACAUUUAAAGAGACGAAAGAGUUCAGAUGAUGAGGAUCUUGACGAAAACAUUGGUCAACCACCUACAAAACAGUAUAUCAGUGAAGAUAAAGUGACAGCAAAAUUCAAUGAAAUGAGUCUAAGCAAUGUUGAAUCACUGGAUCAUGCAAACUCACCUACCAGAGAAGAUGAUGAAUUUGAGAGCGAAGAGGAGAUCUCAAAUGACGACCUAAAACCUACUAUUGUACUUUCAGAUGAAGUUAAACAAGCUUUAAACGCUCGUAACGACAGGAUUGAGCGACUUUUCCAAGACGAAUUAAAUAAGUCAACUAAAUCACUCGUUCUCUGGCAACCUCCGAUUGGAUUACUACCUCCUCCAUUGAAUGUAUAUCAAAAUGAAAAGAAGGAAGAGGAAGAGACGACCAUAAAUAUUCCUAAAUCUUUUGAAUCAUUGGAGGUCGAUGUCGAUACUUGUGAUAACUGCCUCAUGGAUGCUAAUGAGAUGAUGGACUUAUGAUCAUGAAUUUUUCACUUUCACUUCUUUUUCAAUCUUCCUUUUUGUUCGCAGAUUUAUGAGAUUAAUUCCGAUAUUGAUUAUACCCAAUACCUGGAUUCAUUUUACAUAAUAUGAUAUAAAUUCUUGUCUGUUCAAUGAUAUGACAAUCUCAUUGCACAUAAUGUUUAAGUUACCAAAAUCAACCACCAUUAAAUUAUAAACCACUAAAAUUGUCUUAUAAAAUUUGUCUCGUUGUUUAUACAUGAA